AUGGCAUCGGGUAGCAAGCGGAGCUCGGGUGGUAAAAAGGGUGUGGGUGCCAAGAAGAAGCCACAGAAGAAGUCGGCUGGUCGGAGGCGGGAGGAGCGGAAGAUGCGCAAGCGGAGGCUGAACGAGGAGGAGGUGGCACAGGAAGCGGGGGAGACGCUGGCGAAGGGUAGCAACAUAAUGACUGCGCACACCUUGCACGACCCACCCACGGGAGCGUUACUGUGUGGUGUGGUUCGAGACCAGGGAAAGAAGGGCUGGGAGGUCGACUUGGUUGGCAGUGGCCGUGGUUUCCUGCCUUCCGACAACGCUGUGGCCGAUGAGCCGGCUCUGGUCAAUGGGACAGAGUUUGUGCCGGAGUUUAAACGAGGCGACAUGAUUGUGUGCAUGGUCUUAGAGACCCGGGGUCUCAACUGGCUGGUGCCGCCUAUGAAAAACCAAUUGCUUAUCGUCGCCGUCACUUCCGUUGAAGACCACGGUUACAACUGUAGUCUGGGUACUGCCACUACAAAACAUGAGAUGAAGGUUUUCAUCAAGAAGAAACCUAGCAUGCCUUCUUACCAUAUCGGACAGAUAGUUCCUGUCACUGUCGACUCGGUCAAGAAUGAGACCAAGCUCAUAGUCUGCCUACCCCAGACUAUGGACCGCUACAUGGCCUAUUCCAAUAAUGCCGAUAUAACCAGACUUAUUCCUGGACAACUGGUCGAGUGCCGUAUUGCCGGUCUCAAAGAGAACGAGCAAACCUUCGCGGACCCGAACAAACAGGCGGACGUGGAGGACGACAACAUCCCCAAGAAAAAGAAGCAACGCCUCUUGCCGACGAACCGGAAAUGUCACCCCAUCGAAAAGUGUGUACCGGGCCAGCUCGUGGGAGCUAGCGUCAGCUUUUGCAACACGAUCUCGGGACAAGUCACCAGAAACCACCUGCAUCACCCUAUACUGCUGGGCAAGCCAUCUCGAGCACUCUUCCCCUUUAUCCAAACUGACCGAGACGCCGACCAACCUGGCGCGAUGAAGCCUGCUCCAUAUCAGUUACCAGAGUUCUCCGAGUACCGAUCGGCCCCUUGUCUUGGACGAAUAAUCGCAAUUUAUCCAAACGACAAAGCCGUGUUCGUUUCUUUCCUGCCUACCUGGAUUGGGUGGAGCCUUCCUGAGAGCAUGAUGCACGCCUUCCACAACGAGUAUAGAGCCGGAAAACUUGUCAACGAUGCACGUGUGGCAAGCGCUGAUAAAUUAGGAUGCUAUCUUAUCCAUGCUCCGGACCAGGAUGCAGAGCAGCAAAAUCCGAGCCAAGAUGCUGCCAUCCGAGAAUGGGGGCUAGACAUGGCUAGGGGUGUAUUGUUGCGAUGUAUUAAGGCUCAUGUUUCUGACGAGACGCCGGAGUUUACGCUGUCUCAGCUAAAGCCUGGAAGCGGUAAGACGUGCCGAGUCUUGGCGAACAACUUGGCAGAUGCCAUCGUGUUCGUGACCCAGAAGCCCUCGGAACUGGACACCAGUCGUAUCGCGACCGUAGACGACUUGCAGAUUGGUCAGGAGGUGGAGGGCGACGUGACGCAGGUGGAAGAUGAAUACGUAGUGGUGAAAUUGAGCGACAAGUUACGUGGACGGGUAUUUAAGGAGUUUGCCAUGGACUUGGCCAUCAAGGCGAUUCCCGGGUCCAAGUUCAAGCCGGGUCAGAAGGUUAACACACGUGUGUUCAAUGUGAGUACGACGCCGCAGCAGGUGACUCUGACGGCAAAGCGGACGCAUAUGAAGAUGUCUCCCGAGGAGAUUGAGUCCCAGAGAAAGUUUGCGGAGGAGGGCCAUGUAGGUGACGUGCUCAGUCUGGUGGUAGUCCGCCAGAAUGAAAACGCAUUGUUGCUCAAGGGUUUUGGUAGUCUCACAGCGUCGCUUCCCUUCACGGACAUCGCCCGAUACGAACACGAGACGGAGCUGAGCGACGUCCUGAAGGCCUCCAUCAUUGCCAGCAAGAGGUACCAGCCGGGGGCCGUGGUGAAAGUGCGUGUCAAGAAAUUGUUAAAGAACCCGCAGGCCCGGCUGAUCGUGCUGACGUCCCUGGACACCACGUCCGCCUUGCCGGCCCUGGCGCCUAAGAAAAUGUUUCCGUUCCACGACUUGGUCGCCCAGAAAAGCUCACCCGAAAAAGUCGCACAAGCCGCCUACGACUACCACGCCCCCGGCCCCGUAGCGGCACAGUGUCUUGGACCGGAACACAAGACGUGCAACCUGCUCUUCUAUGUGGACUCUGUGCGUAUAGCCGUGCAUGCCUUGCUCGCGACCACAGAUAUUUCCGGCAACGCUUUCCAGGCCAAGUUAGGCGAAGAAAAACUUGUGUACAUCGACUCCGCCCACCCCAAACCGAGUCUCGAAAACGCGAGAUACGGCCUCUUACUACAGGGCAGACUCUGCGACCAGGUCCCCGAAAUGCCCGGCCAGGUCUCCGAAUUGGUCGUGGGACAUGUCUACCGCGGCGUAGUUUGUGCCGCUGGUCGGGCCGGCGUCUUCGUCGAUUUGUCGCCCACUGUUGUAGUCUACCUGCGCAACCGCGACCUUCGCAGUCAGGACCGGUCAGGUCAGGACCGGUCGGACGAGAGCUGGGAGGAGUUUCUGGCGCGGAAACCGGUGCCUGAGGACGCAGACGUCCGCAGGUUCUUCCCGCGUGGCCAAAUUGUCCAAGUAAAGGUUACCAGUGUCAGUCUGCAGGCCGGCCGGGCACGCGCGACCAUGAAACUAGACGCCUACACGGGCGCCAGCCAUUUCGACGCCGUCUCACUUGGCCAGCUCAUCCCAGCCACGGUCACCAGAGUACACCCCGAAUUAGGAGUCUUUGUCCGUUUUGAAGAAUCCGACUUGAGCGCACUCUGCAGACACCAAGAUGCCGUGGACGAAGGCCAGGAUCUGGAUCUAGAACCCGGCGACGCCGUUCUCUGUAAGGUCCUCGGCCUCGAUAACAAAAGACAACGCAUCCAAGUCGGACUUAAGGCGAGCCUCUUCGACGACGCCAUGGACGUCGAGGAAGCCGACCAAGACGACCAAGACAUUGAAGCGGAAGGCAAGGGUGAUAGCGAACCCGAGGUACAAGAGAGCGAAGCCGAGGACAGCGAGCCAGAAGUUGAUGAUAGCGAGUUAGAAAUUGAUGAUAGCGAGCCAGAAGUUGAUGAUAGCGAGCCAGAAGUUGAUGAUAGCGACCCAGAAGUUGAUGAUAGCGACCCAGAAGUGGAAACAGACCCCGAGUCCGAAGCCGAGGCUGGCGCGAUGGGUGCAGAGUCGGAGGCGGAAGGGGAGGACGAGCUAGCACCGGCAGUUCAGCAAGGAAAGGGAAGACAGAAUCAAGGACAAACCGAGGGGUCCGAGCAAGACGGAGCGGCGGACUCUACAUCGGAGUCCGAACCGGAGCUCGAGUCCGAUCCGGAGCCCGAGUCCGAUCCGGAGCCCGAGUCCGAUCCGGAGCCCGAGUCCGACUCGGAACCGGAACUUGACGAGGAGCAGCCUGAGAUUCAGAGCGAGCCGGAAGUGGAGAGCGAUAGCACGGAGGCGGAGGAGUCUUCGUCGGAGGAAGAAGAGAUGGAGGAGGCGGCGGUGGCGGACCGCGAGCGCGCCAUUGCGACCGGCCAAGUUGAUUUCGAAAAUGAGGGCGACCUGGAGCGUUUGGUCAUGGUCGAGGGCGACAAGCCGCUCGCUUGGAUCCACUAUAUGGCUUACUGGGCCGAGCUGGAGAACCUAGACAAGGUCGAAGAAAUUGCCAACCGAGGCAUCGGCUCCAUUCCUCUCGAACAAAAGAAGGAACGUCUGGACAUCUGGAAGGCGCUUCUCAACAUCGUCAUCGAACUUUCCAACGACCCCACACGCCACCGUGACGUACUUAAGAAAGCCGUCCAGUACAACGACCCGCGUGAAGUUUUCAAACACGUCAUCGGUCUCUACGAAGUAAAAUGCAAUUGGGAUGUCCUCGACUGGCUGGCCAAAAUCGUCCUCAAGGGACAACGCGACUUGGACAUUUGGCUGCGCUGGCUAGACUCCCUCUACCGAAGAACUUACCUGGAACACGACAAAAGCAAACAAAACGCGGUCGUCAAUAAAACAAAAACGCGCCUGCCCGUCGCCAACCGAGACGUAAUCGAACAAACCGAACGCAGAGUACUCUCCGUCCUCACCGCCAAAGACCAAAUUCGCUUCCAGGCCCACCUUGCCAAACUAGAAUUCGUCUACGGCUCACCAGAACUCGGCCGGUCCCGGUUCCUUAACCUUCUCGAACAAAAGGCCAAACGAACCGACAUCUGGACCAUCUUCCUCGACGCCCAAGUCAAAUCGGUCAGCGGCAAACAUGACGUAGUCCUCACUAGACAGCUCUUCAAAAAAGCUGUCAACAACAUCAAAUCCAACCCCACUAGGGCCAAAACCAUUUUCGAAAAGUGGAUCACUUUCGAAGUAAAACACGGCACUGCCGCAUCCAUCAAAGAAUGCAAAGAAGCCGCUCUUACCUUCGUACAACAGCGAUAG